GACUUCAGAUCCUAUGAUCCCAACGCAUUCAGGGGCUCCUGGAACCGACGCUUCCAGGGCAGAGGCCUACGGCUGGCUUGUCAACUUCGACAAAAGCCAUCUCCAACCAACCCAACGCCUACUACAUCUAGGGGCAAUGUUGGACACCCUGCAGGCAAUGGUCUUCUUGGCUCCAGAUCACAUCACUGCCAUCACAAACAUCGCAAGGUCCCUGAUGCAACAAACAUCCGCAGACGUCAUGCUUCUUGCCAGAACGCUCGGGAUGUUCAUUUCUACCAUCCACAUUGUGCCAUGGGCUCGAGCACACACUCGACACCUUCAAUGGACUCUGUUGCCGUUUCAACAGGACAUUGCCAGCACCAACCAUCGCAAAGUUCGUUUGAGCCCCGCACUGCGCCUCUCCUUCCGCUGGUGGACCAAGGUUCAACACCUCUCCAAGGGCACGUCGUUCAGAGAACCCCGCAGAACCGUUGUAACCACAGAUGCCAGCCUCAUCGGUUGGGGAGCCCACUGCAACUCCCAGUACGUUCAGGGGGUUUGGUCCACUGCGGAGCAAACUCAAAGCAUCAACUGGCUGGAGCUAAAGGCUGUCCACUUAGCUCUACGUCAUUUUCAGUCUCUGUUCCCUUUGGACCAUGUGCUCAUUCGAACAGACAACACGUGUGUAAAAUCACAUUUGAACAGACAAGGGGGCACCAGGUCUCGUCCCCUGCAGGACUUAGCCUCCCUCAUUUUUGUCUGGGCAGAACAACAUCUACAAUCCCUGAAAGCAGAACAUCUCAGAGGGAUUUCGAAUGUGACAGCAGACUGGCUCAGCAGACAACAGGUAUUUCCGGGAGAAUGGAAACUUCAUCCGGCCAUUUUCCAUCGUCUCCAAUGUUGGUUCGGCGCCCUCUCAGUCGACCUGUUUGCUUCCAGUCGCAAUUGCCAGCUUCCCAGGUACUUUGCCCGAUACCUGGACUCAACAGCAGAAGCAGUGGAUGCUCUGACAACACCGUGGCCAGACGGUCUAUUGUAUGCCUUUCCUCCCAUACCAUUGUUAGCCAAAACCUUGAGGAAGGCGCGAACCGAGAGGGCACAGCUGGUUCUGAUAGCACCAUUUUGGCCACGCCGACCGUGGUUUUCAGAUCUUCUGGCAAUGUCAAUUAUGGAUCCUUGGACACUUCCAGUCAGGCCAGACCUUCUAUCCCAGGGUCCAGUACUGCAUCAGGACCCUACUUGGCUCAAUCUAACAGCGUGGCGUUUGAAUGGGGACAUUUGAGGUCAGCUGGACUGUCUGACGCAGUGAUUGAUAUUAUUUUGGCCUCGAGAAGACCAUCUACCACUCGUAUUUAUCAACAUACCUGGGUGGCUUUCUCCAAGUGGUGUCAGUCCCACCACCAUGAUCCAUCCCAAGCCACUGUGCAUCAGGUGCUGCAAUUUCUUCAUAGCGGCUUUAUGAUGGGACUUCGACCCAACACUCUACGUUGACAUGCGUCCACUCUGUCGUCCAUUCUCUCAGUGUCCUCCCCUGGAGCUCCUAUUUCCUCACAUCCGUUCAUCAAACGCUUUUUGAGGGGAGUCGCCCUACGCUCUCCGCCUGUUGUCCAUCGGUUCCCUUCAUGGAGUUUGCCGAAGGUUCUGCAGGCUUUGCAACGCCCUCCGUUUGAACCCAUCAGGUCUGUGCCCCUACGUAUGCUGUCCUUCAAGGUCUUGUUUCUGAUCGCAAUCACAUCUGCCAGACGCGUUUCGGAGUUGGCACCUCGACACCUCUGCGUCUUCCAUAAGGACUCUGUUGUGCUGAAGACUGAUCCUUCCGUCCCAAGGUCGAUUCAGUUUUUCAUUGCAACCAGGACAUUGUUUUACCUUCCUUUUGCCCAAAUCCUACCCAUCCGCUCAAGAAGGCUUGGCAUUCGUUGGAUGUUCGGAGGGCUCUCAAGACAUACCUGUCUAGGACCCAAGAGAUUCGAAGAACGGAGUCUCUGUUUGUAUCCUUUCAUCCAAGGUCUAUGGGGCAUAAAGUAUCCAAUUGUACCUUAUCUCAUUGGUUAAGGGCAUGCAUUACUUUAGCAUAUGAGUCCCUGAAGCUGUCAGUUCCACCUAGUAUAACGGCUCAUUCUACCAGGUCAGCUGCCACUUCGGCUGCUUUUGCCACUAAUGCUCCUGUUGCCGAUAUUUGUAGGGCUGCAGUCUGGUCUACCCCACACUCGUUUAUAAGGCAUUAUAAAAUUGAUCGUUAUGCCUCUGCUGACGCUUCUUUCGGCAGACGAGUGUUGCAACAGGUUCUUAAUAAGGAUUAACACGUGGGUGGUCCCUCCCUGUAUGGGCUGCUGUGGUACAUCCCACUGUGAUGGCCGGACUCAUAGGGAAAAUGGACCAUUGGUCUCACCUGAAGGGUGAUUUUCCUAUGAGUACGGACAUCACGACCCUCCCAGUUGGAGGAUGACUAUAUAUUUUUUAAUGUGUUGUAUAUUACUGUUACGCUAUUAUAUUUAAAUUUAAGAGUGAAGUCAAGACUUCUAGUUCUGUUAUACCGCUAUGUUGCAGUCAUGUUACUAUGCAUGGUACUAUUGUGUUAUUUUCCUGCUGCCAGGUCUGUUAGCCUUGUUCUUGUAUCUUUAGAUAUUUCUCCUUAGACUCGCUGCGAAUGAACUGGAGAGUGGGAGGGGCCUGACGCCCCUAGUCUUGACUUCAAAGACGUUCUUGCCUUCGCACGAUAGGUGGAGCUAACACAUCGCGCUGUGAUGUCCGUACUCAUAGGAAAAUCACCCUUCAGGUGAGACCAAUGGUCCAAUCUGAUUCAGCCAGAACUAAGCAGACAUAAUUGCUCCUUCAAAACCAUCUUGUAUAGUCUAUUUUCUUAGGGAAAAUCUAAAAAUCUGACAUUCUCUUCAUUAAGUAAUUUUCCCUCAUGAAGGAGUACUUCAGGCUGGAACUAGCUGUUUGACACAUAAGGGGAUGUCGCCAAAAAACCACACCCUCAUCUAAUUACCCUCUUCCAUUGACUUCAGUUAAUGUGUAAUGUUGUCACACUGAGAGCAGUAGCCAGUCAAGUGAGGUGGAUAUUCUUGCAGCAUGAUGAUACAUUUUUCGGUCAUUACUGGAGAAAGGGACAAGAAGACCAUGGGUUAUCCGUGUAUCUGCUGCAGUGUGGAUUUCAGCCUUGGUGCAUUCUGCCUUCUGGAGAUGUAGCUAGAGUUAGACAUACAGAAUUGGUAAUUAAUCUGGCUUUCCUGACCAACCCUGACCAAAUGAAUAUUUUGACUUUGCAAUUAUAAUGCAUGUUUUCUCUGAGAAUGCAUGUUGGCUAAAGAACUACCUUAUUCUUUUACUUGACUUGAACAAAUAAAAUGCUACAGAAAUGGCAGUGGUACUUAUACAGUCUUAUACUUACCAAAUCAAAACCCUGGCAUAGAUCGUGGCACUGCUAAAGUACAAUUAAAUACAGGGAAUUUGGUUUGUAUUAAAUCAUGUAGGUGAUAAAUGGCUUCAAAUGUACCAAUAUAAAAUACAAUAAAUGCAACUGUGUGCUUGUAAAGGCUGCUAAUAUCAAGGACAUCUCCUGGGUGAAGGGAUCUUAGAGCAUUUACCUGAAAAAUAGCAUGUCACAAUUUGGGUAGAUCUGGUGGGGGGGGAGAGUUAAUCUGAGUCUGUGCCUUUCUUGUAUCAAAUGCAGCAACUUUUGAAUGAACAUGCUAUUUUUCAACAUUUAAAACAUUGGCAGCAAACCUAAGGUUUCUUUCAUGGUAGAAAACAGAAGGUAGCAGGCUUCAUAGUAACAAUGUACUUGGAGUAGGCUCAAAUGUUGUUGUGUCACCUUUCUUUCUCCCCUGAUUAUAUGCUUUUAAUUUCUUGGCUUUGCUGUCUUUUCAUGCUUCACUUAUUUCUUUUUUCUUUUGGUAAGUAACUUUCUUUCUAUUUGUUUGAUCCAAAGCCUUUUCAGUGUUGUGUUAAAUAAAUGUCUUCAGGGUUCACAGUAGAACUUCAUUUUGAAACCAGAAAUGAUACAUCUGCUUAAACAUCUCAUGCACUUGGGCUAUCCACCAGAAAACUUUUUAAACUGAGGUAUAUUGACUGCAAUCAGUGCAAUUCCAAAAGCUAUAAGAUUACACCAGAGGCACAGAGAAGACUGCUAAUGUAAUAUUGGGAUUGCGUGUCUGUCUGGUUUGAAGAUACUCAGUUCUAAUCAGACCAAACUUGGGCAUUUUUUUUAAGGAUACUCUCUUUCAAAAUGACACUCCAUACUCAUUCAUUCCUGCCCUGCACAUAUCCCUCCCAGACUUCAGUAACUUUUCUGUUGCCUUAGUAUGGUUUUUCUACUGUCCUCCUCUUCAUGGCUGUUUGUAUGAAUAUAGAGACUUUCAGCAUGGCUAGCUGAAUGAACCCCUCUAACAGCAUGUGAACAUACAUGACUAUAAAUGCUUCUGUGAAACUUGGCAUUUGUUUGUUUAAUCUAGUGUUCAGACUAACUUAUUACCAUU